AUGGAGGUUCUUUAUGUUUUCUCUGCGAUAUUUGUUCUCACAAUAUCAGCAGCGGCUGUACAUGUACAAAGCUCGUUAAGUCAUGACGGGAUUUCACUGGUACGAAGAAAGAGAGUUGCAAAAGCAAACUCGACGUGUACAACGCAGAAAUUACUUCAACAAUAUUCUCAAAUUGGCGCCAUUUUGAAAUCUCAAGAAGGUAAAAACAAGAACUUUUUCAACGUCGGGGAAGAGGCAGUGUUUGUUUGCAAAAAUGAUUACCGAAAGAUCGGCCAACUUCCCUCCUUUAUAUGCCAAGAGGACAGCACGUGGAAAGAAUAUUCUACAAAUCAAACUGGUAAGAAUUAAUUAUCUGUAGCUAUCUGUACUUCUCGGGAACUUCUAAUUUUAAUUGAUAUAAGAAGUUUUUAAAAGAGUAAGGUAUCCUAUUAAAUGCGAUUAAAAAGGGUUUAAUCUUUAAAAAAAGUGGUGUGUGUGAAAUAUAGGUUUAUCUUGUUCAAGUAAACCAAAAUACUCACUUCUCAAACAUUUGUACUCAAAGAAAACGAAGGUUGCGUGACAGGCAUAAAAGUUGAUAUUGUACACUCCUUCAAAUAAGCAACAUCAAAAGUACGCGCGACCGGAAACUGCUGGCCUGCUCUAGGCGUUCGGAUCGUGGUGGUAUGGUCGCGAAGAGAUGUGAGCAGGAAAAACAGCGAAGGCCAGGAACAGGCUAGUAAACUGCCGUUUAUGAGCCCUGAGCCAACCUGAGAUCAGGUUCUAUUUUCGUUUCGCUUCGUAAAUUAUGGAAGCUGCUAAAAUUGGGCUUGAUCUUUGAUCUCAGGUUAGCCCAGGGCUAAUACUUCAGCGUGAGGGGUUAAGGCCCGGUUCAGACGCCGUUCCACUCAUGUGCCGAACCUAACUGAUGAAUUAAGUACGGCAAAAGAGCGGCGUCUGAAUCAAUUUGGUACGGCAGUUUUAGUUUGGUGCGGCAAAAGCGUUAAGUUCGACCGAGUCUGUCGAACUUCUGUCGAACUUAACUUAGGUUCGACACACGGUACGCCGUCUGAAUCAGAUGUCGCGCCAGUGUCGCUCCAAAGUCGAACUUAUUCAGUUAGGUUCGGCACGUGAAAAGUACGGCGUCUGAACCAGGCCUAAUUAUGAGGACUUAUUAACGAACGGGCUUAUACCCGUGGGGUUUUAUAGCCGGAAUAUAAAAAGUGCCUCGAAACCAGGAAGCUCCUGUCGAAACAAACUAAAGGAGUGCUGAUCAAAAUACGUUUUUCAUUUACUGCUUUUAAUUCAGCUUCAAAAGGUCGUAAUAUUAAUAUAAUUUAUUUCAAGAAAAGCUACUGAUGGAGGGGGUGGGGGCACUUAUGAGCGGCAGAUUAUUGGGACGCGAGAGUUAGGUUUUCCAUUUUCAUUACUUUCACCACUAAACCGAAUGAUUUUUUCAGUCUCCUUCACUUUUUUGUUCAUCUUAUCUAUUCUUGAACAAAUAAGAAAUAAGUGCGCAUAUUCAGACGAGUUCAGGUCCACACAAAAACAUAAUAAUUACAUAAUACAAUAUUGGACUUGUAUCGUUUUGAAGAAUUUGCCAAUAUAACUGAAAACUGUACUCCUGAUGAUCACGUAUCAUUUUCAUUGCUUGGCAGGUUUCUGUGUUGUAAAACGUUGCAAUGUGGAGAAGUUCUCUUGCAAGACUGUGAACACCGAAAUAGAUGCUUGUAAACGAUGUAAUUGUAUUUCUGAUUGCGCAGACUCGAGCGACGAAGCAUCCUGCGGGAAUGUGUCCUGUGCACCAUUGGUGUGGAAGAGAGUGGACAGCUUUGAUCCGAACGGGCUUUCACUGAGCCUGGAUUCGACGUAUUCACCUACAAUUAAGAUACCAACCACUAAGAAACCGAGGGCAACACCAAAAUCAACCACACCUACGGUCGCCAUUGUUCUUUUUGCAUUGAUAUUAUUUGCAGCUGCUUCUUUUGUGGCCUGUAAGGUAGGCAAACGCAUCAUCGGACCCACAUGUAGCUUUGGGUAUUGUCUUGCGCUGGUUUCACGCCGUCGUUUUUCACCAGAAUCACCAUCCAAUUCUGCAGAGAUACCUCCCGAACGAAGACCAUUACAAGAAAACACUAACCGCUCCAACUCUAGGGAAGGGGCUAGAAGCAUGUUGCAAGCCAGAUACUUGGGAGAUGAAUCGGACGAAUCCUUUCGCGGAAGUUCAGAUAACAUUAUCUAG